CAUUUUCAUCUUAUGUCAAUCUAGAAGAGUAUCUUUCUGCAGUAGUUUUACCUAAAUUAACGCUACUCAAUAAGUGACCAGAUUUUCUGUCUCACAGGUCGCCGUAUUUUUCAUAACUUGCAUUCAAACAUCCUUAAACAUCGAGAGGAAUAUUAUGAAUUAAUGACAGAAUGGCUGGCUCCAGUGACGAGCAUGCCAAUAAGAUGGGUACCAUGCUACCAAAGCAGACUUCACGGAUGGGCCAGUAGAACAUUCCAUUCAAACUGUGAUGGUAAAGGUCCGACUAUUACAAUCAUCAAAGUGAACAAAUACAUAUUUGGAGGCUAUACAGACGUCAGCUGGCAUACCAAAAAUUCUUACAGCAAAUCAGUCAACUCGUUCCUGUUUUCAUUCGUAAACAAAGAUAACUUGAAGCCAUUUAAAAUGAAAGUUUUCAAAUCGCAGUCUGCAAUUUAUGGAGGUAGCAGCUACGGACCAAUCUUUGGAGGCAGUCAUGACAUAUAUAUUAGUAAUAAUGCUGGUAGCAACACAUACUCCUAUACGAACCUUGGAUAUAGCUAUGUACUGAUUAAGGGCUACACAGCUGGAUCAACUAAAGCACAGAACCUUCUUGCAGGAUCGUACCACUUUCAGCCAGACGAGAUCGAAGUGUUUCGGCAAGAUGGCUUAGAAGUUUAGGGGAAAGAAACUCUAGCAAAACAAAGGGAUCCCAUCAUAUUAUAUAUCGAUGCCGCUUUUAACACAUGCGAUAUUUGCAGGAAAUAGACCUAAUCGGCUAACGCGCUGCUAUAAAUGCUAUAAACGUUUCCACCCAAUUCAAACCAUCCGGGAGUAAGUUUCAUCGUUUGUUGUAUUUUCAUUUAAAUUCUUAAAAACAAAAGUUUUUUUCACAAAGGAUUUGAAUUGGGUGAUUUAAAAUGUACAUAGAAACGCGUUAGGUGAGUAGGUCUGAGCAUUGAAAUACUCCAAUUUCGAGUUCUGGUUUACUCUGUGUUAGCCUCAAAACCAAGUAACAUAUUCUUUUGUUUCAUUGAUAGCUCGAGAAAACGCAUGGAAUUUUGUAA